AGAGAGAGCGAUCGCUAGAGAGCUUCACUGCUGCGCUGCUGCUGCCCCCCUUCCUCCCCCUUCCUGCUCCCGCACCACCACCCCCGAGCCCCCCUCCGGAGAAAUUGACGGAUUAUUGCUAACUGUGCACGCGGCAGUCUGCUGCUGCUACGGUGACGGGCAGGAGAGCAAGGCGAGUUAAAAAAGCAAGACGGAAUUACCGCAAUGUGCAUCUGUUAGCCUUUUUUGUAUUCAUCAGUGCAUGGCUAAUCAACUGGACAAGUGUUGAGGAGGGGGGUGUGCAACGGCAAAACUGAGAAGCGGGUUAGUCUUUAACAGAAAGGAAGAAAAACUGGAAGGACUCGGGAUUUUAUUCCCCACUCUACAAAUUUUUCCCUUCUUUUUCCUCGCUACGUUUUUUUUAAUGUGCUUGCAGUUCGGCUAUGGAGUCUUGUGAAAAAUGUUCAGUGGUAUUCAGCGUCGGCUUCCAAGGACAAUCAAUGGGGGAGCUGAGAGGAGAUCUUUUCCGAUCUGACUGGAUCCAUGCACCUGCUUAGCUCACUGGGCCUUACCUCUUACACCAGUUUCUCUAAAUGCUGCUUCUCUCUGGAAUUCAAAGGAGCCAUUUUGUCAAGCAGUUCACAGUCCACUUUACUUUUCUAACAAGAAAUCUAUCAAAAUGUUGCAGAGGUCUUGCUGAAGCCGACCAGGCUUGCGCAAAUUGAAAAAGGGAUAUUCAAAGGAGAAUCCCUGCAAAUUCCGUACUAAUGAGCACCAUCCUGCACUGUCGAUGGAAAACAGAAGCAGUGUCUUGCUCAAACCAGGGUAGGGCCACUGUUCUCCAUUCCCGAGCCGAAUCCCCACACGAUGUUGAAUUAUGAACGCGCCACAUCAUGAGUCUCUUGUGGCAGGUAACUGUGCACCGUGCCUGGAACGCAGCCCUGCUCUGUGCAGUCUACCUCAUGGUGCGAGCGUGGAGUGUGUGCGCCGCCCCCACCGGACCGCAGAACUGCCCAGCCGUCUGCUCCUGCAGUAACCAGUUCAGCAAGGUGGUGUGUACCAGGCGCGGCCUGGUCCGAGUGCCCCCUGGCAUCCCCACCAACACGCGACACCUCAACCUCAUGGAGAACAGCAUAGAGAUAAUCCAGGCUGACACCUUUCGGCACCUCCACCACCUGGAGGUGCUGCAGCUUGGCAGGAACUCCAUCCGGCAGAUUGAGGUGGGGGCCUUCAACGGUCUCACCAAUCUCAACACCCUGGAGCUGUUUGACAACCGGUUGACCGUAAUCCCAAGCGGCGCUUUUGAGUACUUGUCUAAACUGCGGGAGUUAUGGCUCAGGAACAACCCUAUUGAAAGCAUACCAUCUUAUGCAUUCAACCGAGUCCCCUCGCUCAUGCGUCUGGAUUUGGGAGAGCUGAAGAAACUGGAGUAUAUUUCUGAGGGUGCUUUUGAGGGAUUAUACAACUUGAAAUACCUAAACCUUGGAAUGUGUAAUCUGCGGGAGAUGCCUAUUCUCUCUCCAUUGGUGGGUCUAGAGGAGCUUGAGAUGUCAGAGAACUACUUUCCGGAGAUCAAACCUGGAUCCUUCAGGGGUCUAAAAUCUCUCAAAAAGCUCUGGAUUAUGAACUCCAGGAUCACCACCAUGGAGCGAAAUGCUUUUGAUGAUGUCACAGCCUUGGUUGAGCUCAACCUGGCACAUAAUAACCUUAGCUCUUUGCCCCAUGACCUUUUUGCGCCCUUGAGUUACCUAGUAGAGCUGCACUUGCACCAUAACCCAUGGCGGUGUGACUGUGACGUUGUGUGGCUGGCCUGGUGGCUAAGAGAGUACAUCCCUACCAACUCCACAUGCUGUGGCCGCUGCCACACCCCUGCACACUUACGAGGGCGAUACCUAGUGGAAGUGGACCAGACUACCUUCCAGUGCUCUGCUCCCUUCAUCCUGGAUGCUCCACGGGACCUUAACAUCUCUGCAGAGCGAGUAGCUGAGCUCAAGUGUCGUACAGCCCCCAUGUCUUCUGUCAGAUGGAUUCUGCCCAAUGGAACAGUUCUGACCCAUGGCUCCAAUCAUCCCCGGAUAUACGUGCUCAAUGACGGAACUCUAAAUUUCUCCAAUGUGCUGCCAUCUGACACGGGUGUGUACACCUGUAUGGUGACAAACAUGGCUGGAAACUCCAAUGCGUCGGCCUACCUGAAUGUGAGCGCAGCUGAGCUCAACACCUCUGAGCACCUGAGCUACUUCACCACAGUGACUGUGGAGGUGGUGGAGCCCACAUCUGAAGAGGUGAUCAAACCGAAGACGGUCACGGCCUCGCCCUCCGUCUUCCAGCCUGUGUUUAUCUCAACGCCAACUGUGCUGCUGCAGACACCCCGACAGGUCAGCGUGCCAACGGUCCGAGGAACAGUGCGCCCACCUGCCAGUUUAGAUGAGGUGAUGAAGACUACGAAAAUUAUCAUUGGCUGCUUUGUUGCCGUCACACUGCUUGCCGCAGUUAUGCUGAUUGCGUUCUACAAGCUGCGCAAGCGGCACCAGCAGAGGAGCACGGUGGCAGCUGCCAGGACUAUAGAGAUCAUUCAGAUGGAGGAGGACGUUCCUCCUACCACCUCGGGGACGAGUAUACCAGGUGAGGGCGGGAUGGUGCUGCCAAGCCUGAGAGAUCGUAACAGCACCUACAAACCCAGCUACAGCACCUACAAACCAGCACACUCUGCUCCCUGGACAGAGAACAACAUUGGAAACUCUCUCCACCGCCCUCGGCCCACCACCAUCAGCACCAUCCCUGAGCCCUACUUGAUUAAAACUCACACCAAGGAGAAGGUACAGGAAACCCAGAUCUAAUGUUCCCUUCUCCUUCUCCUCCUCUCUCCCUUUUUCUGUUCCUCAUGAAAACAUGCAAUAGAAUGCACAAAGAAAAGACAGCGAUUACUUUUGUACCCAGUGCAAAAAUGAGACUGUUUUUCUUGUACAUGCUUAUAUAUAAGUAUAUGAAUAUAAAUAUAUAAAUUAAUCCACUAUGGGAUGGUAAGAGAAGCAGAUUAUAUAAAAAUGAAAAAUGAAUUUAAACUAUUUUCUAACUUGUAACUUCUAUUUAAGAUGGAGAUAUGUGAAGAUACUGAUGUGACGCUGCAAAUGAGGACAGACUUGUUUGAAAAGGGCACUCUGUGGUUUUUAGACAAUGCUAGAUAGGAUCCGGUAAACUUUCUACAUAAGUGUCCCCAAAACAAUCUUUACAGGUUUAUCUUGUAAAAGCAACAAGAAUUUGUAAUGUGCCAAAUGUUAUACAUGCAAUAAAAGAGUUUGGGUUUAAAGAGAUAUCAGAACAAAACACUGCAAAAUAUAGUCUAUAUUAAGGCUGCAAAAAGGAGCUUCUCCUGAGUCUGCUUUUUGGUAGCUAUCAGCCAAAUGGUUUUGGUCUAAUGUGCUAUUUUGCAGCAAGUGGUUAACUCUGUAUUUGCCAAACUGCCAGACCUUGCAGUGAGAAGCAGUAAGGCAAUCGGGUUCCUACUCUUUUUCCUUUAAUAUCCUUUUCGGCUUUAAAUUUAGUUGAAACUUAACAGUUCUGGCCAUUUCCUUCUCUGUUAUUGGUUGCUUUCUCUAUACUUUUAAAACCCCCCCAAAUGCUUUCUUAAGGCUUGAGUGGCUUUUAGGGCUAAAAUAGAGUAAACACGUUACAACAGUUGCCUCAGAUUAGUAGUGUAAGGGCUCAACAGGAUGUUCAUUUGCAACAAUGCAGAGAUAGUUGCCAUGACACGAAGGUUUACUGCAAGUUAAAAUUAACAUGACUGCUUACUAUUUUUCUUUUGUUGAGAAGGAGAUACAAAUGAAUGUGUGCAUUAUGGGCUGUCCUCUAUGGUGAUCGUUCAAACAGUGAAUUCCUUUGUCCUUAUUUUGAGCAACACUAUUUUUAUGAGGAGUCUACAAAGGUUACAACAAUAAAACAUUUGGUUUGUAUUUCUCUAA